UUAAUUAUUAAGUUCAAAUAUGGAGGCCGGAGCAAUGUUGCCGCCCGGAGCUGGGCGGAAGAUGAGGGUGAUGGUGGCGAUUGAUGAGAGUGACGGCAGCUUCUAUGCACUACAAUGGGCGCUCGAUAAUAUUAUAGUUAACGGUGUUACUGCAACCAACGAACCUAGCCAGGACACUGGUAUGGUUACUCUGGUUCAUGUUCAGCACCCGUUUCAGCCUGCUAUCUACCCAGUUGGUCCAGGUGCAGCAGCAGCUUUCUAUACGCCACCUAAUAUUGUGGAAUCAGUUAGGAAGGCCCAGCAAGAAAAUUCAGCUGCUAUACUCUCCCGCGCUUUGAAGAUCUGUAAUGAUAAGAUGAUAAAAGCAGAAACUUUAAUUAUGGAAGGGGAUGCAAAGGACAUGAUUUGUCAAGCUACGGAGCAAAUGCACGUCGAUCUUCUUGUUGUGGGAAGCCGUGGGCUUGGAAAAAUAAAGAGAGCAUUUUUGGGAAGUGUAAGUGAUUAUUGUGCUCAUCAUACCAAAUGCCCUAUCCUUAUUGUCAGGCCACCCCCCCCAUCAACCAGCUCUCGUCCUUGAUCAAAAAAACCGUCUGGUUUGGUCUGGUUCGACCGGUUCUCACUGGAGCAGUUUGCUUUUAAAAACACCAUGUAUAGUAUAACUUCAGCUGGCUUUGUGUGUUUCUGUUGUAUUGUAAUUUUGUAAAACAAUGGUGCUAGCCAAAAAAAUUGUAUUUGUAUUGUAUUGUAUAUGCAUUUUAUGUGUGAUUGAUCAAUGUUUUAAAUUGUAGUAAUGGAUUAAAUA